UGAACAUGAACGUUAGACAGCCAGCUGUCUGCCAGCCGCCAAUAAAGCCAAGAGGAGAAGAGGAAGACGUUAGACAGCCAAAUGGUCUCGGUUUUGUGUUAUUAUUCCUGGGAUUGUAAGGUUUGAGAAGGGUCCAUUCUUGGGCAAGAGCUUAGGGAUGGAGAAUGGGGGUGCAUCCACCAAAGAGGAGGGCUUCCUCUCCAGAAUGGCCCUCAAUGACAACAAGGCUGGCAUGGAGGGUCUUGACAGGGACAAGAUCAACAAGAUCAUCAUGGAGUCAUCAAAGGGUUCCCGCUUCUAUGAGAAUGAGCUGAAGAGAGAGCAGCAGGUGAACCAGCGCAUUGAGAAAAUGAUGCUGCAGAAGGCACAGAUCACAGAGCAACAGCUUAAGAAAGCACAAGCUCAGGUGGACAGGUUGGCCUCUGAGCUGGAAAGGAGCCGUGAUCUAAACCGUGUGAUUGUACAUGUGGACAUGGAUGCUUUCUAUGCUGCUGUGGAGAUGAGGGACUGCCCAGAGCUGAAGGAUAAACCCAUGGCUGUAGGGUCCAUGAGCAUGCUUUCAACAUCAAACUACCAUGCAAGGAAGUUUGGGGUUCGAGCGGCCAUGCCUGGCUUCAUUGCAAAGAAACUCUGUCCCAACCUGAUCAUUGUCCCGACCAACUUUGACCAGUACAGAGCAGUGAGCGAUGAGAUCCGGGAGAUCUUUGCAGACUAUGACCCCCACUUCCAGCCACUGAGCCUGGAUGAAGCCUAUCUGGAUUUCACAGACCACCUGGAACAGAGGAAGAGCUGGCCGGAGUCCUUACGCACACAUCGCUUCCGCACCAGCAGCUCUGGAACAGUUGAAGGGCAGGAGAAGCUCCCUCAGGAGAAAGAGGGUGAGGCAGAAGACCUCUCUCCUGUUCUGUUUGAGGACAGCCCAAACUCCUCUCCCUGCUUGCCGGGUGCUGGAGGUGCUGGGGUCGCUGGUGGGGCUUUCGAGGUGUUUGGAACGUCUGCAGAGGACGCUGUGAGAGAGAUGCGCUUCCGCAUUGAGCAGAAGACCAUGCUGACUGCCAGUGCAGGCAUUGCUCCAAACAUGAUGCUUGCCAAGGUGUGCAGUGACAAGAACAAGCCCAACGGCCAAUACAGACUCCCCUCCAGCAGAGAGGCAGUCAUGGACUUCAUCCAGAACCUACCAGUUCGCAAAGUUUUUGGCAUAGGGAAGGUGAGUGAGAAAAUGCUCAGUGCUCUGGGAAUCAGCAGCUGUGCUCAUCUUGGUCAGCAGAUGGCGUUGCUGUCCUUGUUGUUCUCUGAGACAGCCUGGCAUCACUUCAUGCGGGUUUCCCUGGGUUUAGGCUCUACACACAUUGAAAGGAAUGAAGAACGAAAAAGCAUGAGCACAGAAAGGACAUUUAGAGAAAUGAGUGCAGCUGAGGAGCAGUUGUCUUUAUGCAGGGAGCUUUGUGAAGACCUAGCUGAAGACAUGAAGAAGGAGGGAUUGAAGGGUAAAACGGUGACAUUGAAGCUGAAGAAUGUGAACUUUGAGGUGAAAACCAGGGCAUGGACGUUGCCAUAUGCUGUUGCUACAGUGGACGAGAUCUUUGCUGUGGCUAAGGACUUACUCAAAACUGAGAUAGAAAAUGUCAGCCCCCAGCUACUGAGACUGAGGCUUAUGGGUGUUCGGAUAUCUGCCUUUGUCAGUACAGAUGACAAGACACCCCUGCAGAAGAGCAUUGUUGGCUUCCUUAAGCAAAGCAAGGCAGACUCUGGUGGCCCUUCCCAACAUGUUUGUCAAAAGCCUGGGAAAGAGCUUCUUGUCAAUGGCUCUACCCAGUCUGGACCCCUUGCUUGCCCUCCUGUAGUUGAGAAGGGCCAGAAGCAGGGUGAGGUCCCCUGGCUGGCGAAGCAGAGGGGGUCAGAGGUGACCCAAAUCAGAGGGCAGCAGCAACAGUCUUUCUUCCAAAGGGCCCAUGCCCAGAGACUGCGACUCCAGGCGGAGAGUGCAAACAAGCAAGAAGAAAGACAUGGGGACAGUCCGUCUGUGAUAACUUCCACAGGGAUCCACGUUGACAAGAGUGAGGGCUCACCAACAAAGGCACAUGAAUCAGAGAGAAGAUUUACAUUCUCAGGUAAAAGAGAAGCUCUUCCUAAUACAGAAAAUGUCAGUGUCCUCCCCCUAGAGGCCCAUGCAUCCACAUUGGAGAGGAGUGGCACAGACUCAGAGAGCCUCACGUGUCCUGUGUGCUGUAGACAGGUGAAGACCUCCAACUUGUAUGUUUUCAACAAACACAUAGACCAGUGUCUCAGCAACGUUUCUACAAAGCUGGACCCAAACACAGACACUGACUCAGACUCAGAUAUGGAACCAGAGAAGGGCCACCAAGGAUGUGAAGUGAUGGACGAUGAGAGGGAGGAGUGUGAUGCUAAAAAGGAGAAGGAGAGAGAGAAGGUGGAGCAAAGUAAAGACUCAAGCGUCAUUGAAACGUCUGAACCAACAAUCAACGAGUCAGAGGACAUCUCGGAACAGGGGCCAUUUGAACCAGAUGAGUCGCACUAUGAUCAUACAGGUCCCGUCCUCAUCUGUCCAAUAUGUCAGGUGUCCCAGGACACUGAUGAUCUCACUGUCUUCAACUGCCAUGUUGAUGUCUGCCUGAACCAGGAUGUGCUGCAUGAGCUGAGGGGACAAACAUCUCUGACCACUGAUCUACCUUCAGUUACUGUUACUAACAGCAAUGUCACAGAGAGAGAGCAACCUUUGCCAAGGCAUGCGAACAAAGGCAAGAUCAAAAGACGAGGCUCACCCACCUCUCCUCCCUCUAAGAAGGCCAGAGGCCCUGGCCGUCACAACACCAUCGACAAGUUCUUCAAGCGACAGACGUCAUACACACAGAAUGUCCCUCCUCAUCGGAAAUAAAGUCAGUGGAAAAGACAGGUGACUGGUGCCUUGUGUCCACUACUCAGGUUUUAGCCUCACUAUAAUAUGUUUGGGUCAAAGUCAGUGUCUCCACUCUUUUGAGAUCCUGACCUAACCAGGCUGAACCACAGUUGAGCCACAACAUCCAAGCUUGAGUAUUGUAAUGUAAUGAUAAAUGCAGUGUUUUCUUCUGGGAAGGGUUUUGCACAGUAGGACGUUUUAAUAGUUAACAGUGUUGAAUUCGUACUUGUGUCAAGAAGUAAACAACUGGAAGAACGAUAACACUGAAACUCAAUUGCCUAUCUCUUCACUCAGGUUCUUAAACAUAAUGUACCUUUAUUAUUUUCAAACUCCGAUGUUCAUUGGCUAUCUGUUUGAUCAAGAGAGGAAGACCUAACCAUGGUAAGAACAUAGCUGAUGGCAAAGAGCCAUCCUGAUGUUCUUCUUACUUUGAAAUGCUGUUUCAGAAGACAUUGCAUUGUAUAAGUGAUCUUCACAUUUUGCUGUCCUUGGAAAGUUUUUUUUGGGUGAAAAAUAAUUCAGAAAACAUGUGUAGCAUCAUAGUUAGAGUUAGGGUUCACGCUAUGGAGUUAGUAGUCUUUACUUACUGUUAUUGUAUAAUUGGCACAAUACUGGUGGGUCCAUGGCCUUGUGUGGUUUAGUCCAUCGGCCAGUUUAAUGUCAUCAUUUUGGUCAGUCGAAAUCCAGCGAAGCCGUAUAUCAGCUGAAGCUUGUUAGGAUGGAGGUAGAGUGGAAGAGUCAGGGGACACCUCAUAAUUUGAAAACAGCAAACAUCUUGUACAUUUAAUCAACAUUUUGUUUCAUCAGUGAAGUUAGAAGACAACAAAACAAACCAAGGCCAGAAAUUCAUUGUGAUUCCUCUCUUAAUUAUUUUGUGAAACAGUUGACGAUGACUCAAACCGGCUGGGUGACAAGAGGGAGCCAGUGGAGCUAAAUCCUGAUCAGUGGACAAUAUACUUCAGAGUUUAGAUCUUGUCUGCACCUUUCUGGUUUAGGAUUGUACGUAAAGUGUCACCAAAAACAUGCUGCCAUAUGUAACUGAUCUCUGCCAAAUCUGAUAUCAAGUAUGCUGUUGAUAAGAAAUUUAUUAUUUAAUUUGGACAGUGAUGCUGCUGUAUGUGUUUUUCGUUUAAUGUGCCAUGUAGAUGUACAAAACGUUUUGGGUUCUUUUGCAUUUAUUGUACAGUAUGUUAAAAUUUGGGUAAAUCCAUAGAAAUAAUAAGGUUCAACCCUGUUAUCACACUGUCUUUCAAUGUCAGCCUGCUCUCAGUUGCACAAUGAAGAAUAAGCCUAAAGUUUUUAUUAUAAAGUAUGCUAAGACUAUGACGCUAUUUAUUACAGGUAUGUGCAUUUUUUACCUGAAAGAGAUAUUUAAAUAGAACGUUUCCACUGUUUCCUCAGUUUUAUUUGUAUUUUACGAUGUUUGAUAUUAAAUAAUGAAUAUUUAAUAAUGGAGAUAAGAGAUUCCUUCUAUCAUUAUGGGAUAGGGUUAGUUAAAUCUCAGUUUAUUAUCCGGUUGAAAUUUCAACUUGAGAAAUGUUAUUUCGUCUUUCCAUGUCACAUUAUCUGAGUUAUGGCUCAACAGGAUUGGGUCACUGAGUAAACAAGCAGCAAUAAAGAGAGAGGUGUGGCCUGUGACUGACCAGCAGCAGACGUUUUUCAGUCAUGUGAUUGUAUACAGCUCUGAGGUGAGGUUGAUUGUCAUUGCUGAAACGGUAUGCUUAGCUAAAGGUGCUUGAAUAAAUAAAGCCUGAAGCAUUA